AGUGUUCUGCUACAUGUGGCUUUGGUAUUCAGCAGCGUUCAGUGGCGUGUGUUGAUCUUGACAAUGAUAACCAGACAGUGAGUAACACUCAAUGCUCUGAGGCUGCUCCACCAUCGGCCAUCUUAUGUGAUCAAGGAGAUUGCCCCACAGAGUACACAUACCUGACAUCCACCUUCUACUGUGCAGAAGACAUCCAGACUCGUUUUGUAGUUUGUAUUACCUUCAUGAAUGGAGCUCCUGUAAGAGCCACUGAUCAGGAUUGUACAGACGCUGGUCUACAGCCACCCACUGAUUCUCAACCCUGUGAAGCACCAAUUACUUGCAAUCCAGUCUGGAGAAUCGGUGCAUGGAGUCCUUGCUCCGUUAGCUGCGGCAAUGGUGUAGAGACCAGAGUUGUAUACUGUGUAGAAUCUGAGGAUUCUAAUGUCAUUAUUCCUUCAACGUCAUGUGACCCUGCUGCAGAACCAGCUAGUGUUCAGAUUUGUAACCCUGGGGAUUGCAUAACCUACACAUGGGUAUCUGAGAACUUUGGUGAUUGUUCUGUGACCUGCGGUGACGGUGUCAGAGUACGUAAUGUCCUCUGUUACGCCAUUGCUGGUGGUAAUUUUGAGCCUGUCGUAGGUUCUCUCUGUAAUCCUUUGUUAGAACCACCCAGUGAAGAGAUCUGUGAUCUAGAAGACUGCGGAGGAGUCUAUGAAGCUACACCAUGGAGUGCAUGCUCCGUGACCUGUGCCCUUGGUGUCCAAACCCGUGGAGUGUCGUGCGUGACCAGGAAAGGAUCCGGUGUUGUGAUUGACGAGAUGGACUGCUCUAACAUGACCCGCCCCUCAGAGUCGAGGGAGUGCUACCUAGAUCCCUGUCCUCUACCUUAUGGUUGUGACCAGAGUUACCCCACUGAGGGCAGUACCACCUACACUCUGCAGAGUCCUGGAUACCCAGCUGAUUAUCCUGCUGACCUGGAAUGCAGUAAGAUCUUGGUAGCUCCUGAAGACUUCAUCAUCAGGAUCACAUUCACUGACUUGCUGCUUGAACCAGGAUGUAAUUAUGAUGCUGUUAGGCUUGUUGAUCUGCAAACCAACAGCGCUAACAGUCUUUGUGAUGAAGUUGCUCUCCCCUACGUUUAUGAAUCAACCAGUCCAAUGCUGGAGGUGCUCUUUCUAACUGAUGCCACUGUGAAUAUGAGGGGUUUCUCUGCUACCUACCAAGCAGUCAGAGCUAUGUCACUAGAUUACAUGACUGGCGAAUGGGGAGAGUGUUCCGUAACCUGCGGAGUGGGUACCGAAUCCCGAGACGUGACAUGUGUCGAGGAAGGUGUCGAGGUGGACGUUUCAACGUGUGCUGGUCUCCCAGUCCCACCUGCUACCCGUUCAUGUACUCAGGAAGACUGCCCUCUCCCUGGAGCGUGCGGAGAGAACAUUUUACGCUUAGCACCAGGAUUGGUGACCAGCCCUAGGUUUCCCCGUUCAUAUCCUGUAAAUGUUACCUGUGUGAAUACCAUCCGUGCUCCACCAGGAAACGUCAUCUCCUUUACGAUUGGAUUCCUUGUAUUUAUUAAUGGAGGUGUACCAUGCCAAGAGGGUGAUUCUGUUACGAUCCAAGAUACGAGUUCAGGAGAGCCAGUUAUAUCCUUAUGUCAGAGUACUCCUGCAGAUAUCAUCUCAUUGACCAAUGAAGUUACCUUGACCUUUGUCAGUGAUGGUAAUCCGGCACCACAAGGAACUGGCUUUACUCUACAAUAUUUCUCUGUUUCACCUGAAGUUGAUAUUUGCGGAGGUAACAUCACCACAUCUGGACAGCCGAUCUAUUCUCCAAACUAUCCUGCAAAUUAUGACGACAAUGUGACGUGUGUUACCGAUAUCACCAACGAUGAAGGCUGUAUCAGCAUUGAGUUCUUGAUGAUGGAUAUUGAUAACGGAGACUAUGUGAAUGAUACGUGUAUGGAGGACAGCCUUACAAUAACAGACUAUAACAAUCCAUCUCUAAGUCGGACAUACUGUGGUGACAGCGCUCCAGAAUCACCCUGGCUUUCUGCAUCAGGCAAUGUAAAGGUGUCGUUUACAAGCAACGGUGCAAACUCCAGCCAGGGCUAUAUCGCUAUCCCAACAUUUGUUGAAUGCCCACAAGCAUUCUGGGUUCCACUGCCAUUCGGCAAUUGUUCAGAAAUCUGUGGUGUUGGUAACAGGACCAGAGAGCUGCAAUGUGUUAAUGCGUUGACCAAUGAACUGACCGGCCGUGAUGAGUGCCCUGAUGAAGAGCCCCCGACUACUGAGCCUUGCUUCAUAGAAGAUUGCCCAUCCUGCGAUGUAAGCAUUACUGCGGGUAAUUCACAAAUCACCUUCCCGAUGAGUAAUGAUUACUAUUUGUACAACGAUGAAUGUACUCUGACCAUCACCAACGAGAAUGGAUGCAUGAUGCUCUUCUUUACAUCUCUGGACAUCGAUGAGGGCUUGGGAGACACGUGUUACAAUGAUUAUCUAAUGAUCUUUGAUCCUAUUAACGUAUAUGCUAAUGAGCCUUACUGUGGAAAUGCCAUCAACACCAUGCCCUACAAGACCAUUGGCAACACGGUAGAAUUGACCCUAAGAACAGAAGAUGCUGAGCGUUUCAAGAGCUUUGAAGUCUUUCCUUCAUUUGGAUCCUGUACUCAAUAUGCUUUCAUACCUGGUCCAUGGAGUGAGUGUUCCUUAUCAUGUGAUGGCGGUGUAAGGACCCGUGAUGUUUUUUGUAUGAAUCUUGCCACCCGGCAAACGGAUCGAGAAGCACUGUGUGAAGGCUCACCCUUUUAUGAACCCAUGGAAGAGUGUAAUACAGAGGAAUGCCCUGUUUGUUCAGAGGAUGUGACACGUCCUGGGGUGAUUGUAAGCCCUGGUUUCGGUACAGAAGAUCAUUAUGGGAAUUAUGAUGGUUAUGAUAACAACCUCAAUUGCAUCUACAACAUCACAAACCCUAACUCUACUGAAUGCAUCACUGUCUCAUUCAUCUCAUUUGACCUGGGUCAACCAAGCGAGAACUGCUCCGAUUAUGUCCAGAUUACUGACACAGAAGGAGGUGUAGAUUUUCUAUAUUGUGGGCUACCUGAGAACACCACAGCUCCUGUCUUUUAUUCUCGCUCUGCGAACGUUGAAGUUGUCUUUAGGACAGGUGAAGAUGAAAGGAAUGAUGGAUUUGAAGGCCUUGUCGGUUUUGGAACGUGUCCAGAGUUUGGAUUCAGCGCUGGUAACUUUAGCGAGUGUUCCGUGACUUGUGGAGAAGGUGUUGAAUACCGUAGUGUAGGAUGUACACGAUUGUCUGAUAGUCAAGUGGUCACCGAUGACUUCUGUAAUGACCAAAGGCCAUCUGAUUCAAGACCAUGUAGCUUACCGGAAUGCCCAUCAUGUGACAUGGUACUGACUGAGGAGGGAAUCUUUACCAGUCCUAAUAGUCCAAUGAACUAUGAGGACGACAUGGAAUGUGAAUAUACUCUCAUCUCUGGUGAAGACCAAUGUAUUCGUGUCUCAUUCCUUGGAAGAUUUGAACUUGGACUGACCAAUGGUGAUUGUGAAGCUGGUGAUUAUAUUGAGCUUACUGACGAGAAUUGGGAGUAUCUUGAUGCUACUUACUGUGGUGGCAGCUUGCCACCUGUAUGGCGCUCCAGGUCUAAUGAGUCAUCUCUCACUCUCUACACCGAUGGAGUAGAUACCUUCAGGGGAUUCUCUGCUUACUUGGCCUUUGUUCCAUGCCCGCAGUAUGGCUUCACUGUUGGAGAAUAUGGAGAGUGUGAUGUGUCUUGUGGAAGCGGUGUUCAGACGCGUGAAGUGGAAUGCACUGAUCUCACAACACAAGAAAGUGUAGCUAUGGGACUGUGUACGGACCCCAUGCCUCCCAGCACCACAGAGUGUAAUGAAGAACCAUGUGCUAGUUGUGAUGAAACCUACACAAGCCCUAUUGGUACAAUUAAGCGAGAUGUCUUCAUGGAAAAUGAAGAAUGUUUGUACAAUGUGACGGCUCCAGAAGGACGGUGUGUACGAAUCAUUGGUAGCUGGGAUCUCUCUCCUUUACCAAGCGGAGAAGGAGGUGAAUGUCUGGGUGAUUCUAUCACGAUUGUUGAUGCUGCAUACCCAUUCCGAGUUAUCAGUCUCUGUGGUCGAGAUAAUGGUCAACUUCAAAGCUAUGGUUCAACUGCUUUGAUCUACUUUAAAACGGACGAUGAAGAUCAAGGAGGAGAAUUCCAGCUUUUCUUCGUAUUUAUCACAUGUCCAGAAUAUGGCUUUAUCGCUUCUAAUUUUUCAGAGUGUUCUGUGUCAUGCGGAGAAGGGUUCCGUACUCGUGAUGUGUUAUGUACUCGACUGGAGACUGGGGAGAAUGUGAGCCGUGAUAACUGCGAUGAAAACGAGAUCCUACCGAACAUUGAACCCUGCAAUGAACAACCAUGCUUAGAUUGCAACAUGUUUUUCGGCGAUUCUGCAUUAUUUGAAUCACCUGGGUUUCCUAGUGAAUAUCCUGAGAACCUGCAAUGCGUCUAUGACUUUUAUAACAUAAACGAUGAGUGCUGGAGAAUUACCGCUUAUUACUUUGAUUUGCAGGAUAAGGAGAAUGACCAAUGUCGAGAUAGAUUCUUUGUUGAGGAUGUAGGCUUUGCAGGACGUGAACCCUACAUAGCAUGUGGUCAAGAGUUUUCACCAGUCCUGUCUUUCUCUAGAACCAUUCGCAUUACCUUCUUUUCCGAUGAUAAGUAUAGUGGCAGGGGAUUCAGUGCCGUGGCUAGAAGUGAAGCCUGCCCUGUGUAUGGAUUCCUGACAGGGCCAUACAGUGAAGAGUGUUCAGCGACAUGCGGUGAAGGAGUAGUGUACAGAAAUGUAACGUGUCAAGAUCUGAUGACCAGAGCGGUUGUCAAUGAUUCUCUUUGUAGUGAACUAAGACCUUCAGAGAUAAAGCCUUGCAGACGGGAACCUUGCCCAUCUUGCGAUACGUUCAUCGUCCAAGAUGCCCAGUAUAUCUCUAGUCCCAACUACCCACAACCAUAUGACAAUGACGGGAAUUGUACCACAAUCAUUGUCGCUCCAGAGGGGAUGUGUAUCAAUCUCUUUUUCAUCUCUUUUGAGCUUCAAGAACCGGACAUGUAUGCUGGUUGUAUUGCAUCAGAUUUUCUCGCGAUCACUGACCUCAUCUUAGCGGAAGAUCCAUACUUUGCUUUGGACCAGGCCUAUUGUGGGAACCAAGAGAACUUUCUCUGGUUCUCUACUCAAAAUUUGGCUGUCUUGAGUUUCCUUUCCAAUGACGAAGGCGUUUAUCCUGGGUAUCAGAUCUAUUCAACUUUUGUCGACUGUCAGCAAUAUUUCUAUUUGGUGACACCAUUUGAAGAGUGCUCUGUUACUUGUGGCUUAGGGGAAGUGAGACGUGACAUUUUUUGUGUGGACAGAUACACCAACGACACUGUAUCUGAUGAUCAAUGUGCAGGGGAUGUGCGCCCUAUUGAGUUUUUGCCAUGCUAUAUAGACAACUGUCCAGUAGAAGGAUGCCCAAGUGAUCAGAACGUCACCACAGACAUUGGGAAUGCUACAGCUGUAGUAUACUGGACACCACCUACACCACCACCAGAUUACUCUGUUAACAAGACAUCCACUAACAAUCCUGGAGAUGACUUUCCUAUUGGAAACAACACAGUAACCUACUCUGCAAGUGAUGAUGAAGGAAAUACAGAAACAUGCUCCUUCUUUGUAGUUGUGUCUGAUAAUGAGAUUCCAGUCAUUAGUGGAUGCCCAAGUGAUCAGAAUGUCACAACAGACAGUGGGAAUGCUACAGCUGUAGUAAUCUGGACACCACCUACAGCAACAGAUAACUCUGGUAGCCAGACACUGACAUCCACUAACAAUCCUGGAGAUGACUUUCCUAUUGGAAACAACACUGUGACCUACUCUGCAAGUGAUGAUGAAGGAAAUACAGAAACAUGCACCUUCUUUGUAGUUGUGUCUGAUAAUGAGAAUCCAGUCAUUAGUGGAUGCCCAAGUGAUCAGAAUGUCACAACAGACAGUGGGAAUGCUACAGCUGUAGUAAUCUGGACACCACCUACAGCAACAGAUAACUCUGGUAGCCAGACACUGACAUCCACUAACAAUCCUGGAGAUGACUUCCCUAUUGGAAACAACACUGUGACCUACUCUGCAAGUGAUGAUGCAGGAAAUACAGAAACAUGCACCUUCUUUGUAGUUGUGUCUGAUAAUGAGAUUCCAGUCUUUAGUGGAUGCCCAAGUGAUCAGAAUGUCACAACAAACAUUGGGAAUGGUACAGCUGUAGUAAUCUGGACACCACCUACAGCAACAGAUAACUCUGGUAACCUGACACUGACAUCCACCAACAAUCCUGGAGAUGACUUUCCUAUUGGAAACAACACUGUGACCUACUCUGCAAGUGAUUAUGCAGGAAAUACAGAAACAUGCACCUUCUUUGUAGUUGUGUCUGAUAAUGAGAUUCCAGUCUUUAGUGGAUGCCCAAGUGAUCAGAAUGUCACAACAGACAUUGGGAAUGCUACAGCUGUAGUAAUCUGGACACCACCUACAGCAACAGAUAACUCUGGUAGCCAGACACUGACAUCCACUAACAAUCCUGGAGAUGACUUCCCUAUUGGAAACAACACAGUAACCUACUCUGCAAGUGAUGAUGCAGGAAAUACAGAAACAUGCACCUUCUUUGUAAUUGUGUCUGAUAAUGAGAUUCCAGUCUUUAGUGGAUGCCCAAGUGAUCAGAAUGUCACAACAGACAGUGGGAAUGCUAAAGCUGUAGUAACUUGGACACCACCUACAGCAACAGAUAACUCUGGUAACCAGACACUGACAUCCACUAACAAUCCUGGAGAUGACUUCCCUAUUGGAAACAACACUGUGACCUACUCUGCAAGUGAUGAUGCAGGAAAUACAGAAACAUGCACCUUCUUUGUAGUUGUGUCUGAUAAUGAGAUUCCAGUCAUUAGUGGAUGCCCAAGUGAUCAGAAUGUCGCCACAGACAUUGGGAAUGCUACAGCUGUAGUAACUUGGACACCACCUACAGCAACAGAUAACUCUGGUAACCUGACACUGACAUCCACCAACAAUCCUGGAGAUGACUUUCCUAUUGGAAACAACACUGUGACCUACUCUGCAAGUGAUUAUGCAGGAAAUACAGAAACAUGCACCUUCUUUGUAGUUGUGUCUGAUAAUAAGAUUCCAGUCUUUAGUGGAUGCCCAAGUGAUCAGAAUGUCACAACAGACAUUGGGAAUGCUACAGCUGUAGUAACCUGGACACCACCUACAGCAACAGAUAACUCUGGUAGCCAGACACUGACAUCCACUAACAAUCCUGGAGAUGACUUCCCUAUUGGAAACAACACAGUAACCUACUCUGCAAGUGAUGAUGCAGGAAAUACAGAAACAUGCACCUUCUUUGUAAUUGUGUCUGAUAAUGAGAAUCCAGUCUUUAGUGGAUGCCCAAGUGAUCAGAAUGUCACAACAGACAGUGGGAAUGCUACAGCUGUAGUAACUUGGACACCACCUACAGCAACAGAUAACUCUGGUAACCAGACACUGACAUCCACUAACAAUCCUGGAGAUGACUUCCCUAUUGGAAACAACACUGUGACCUACUCUGCAAGUGAUGAUGCAGGAAAUACAGAAACAUGCACCUUCUUUGUAGUUGUGUCUGAUAAUGAGAUUCCAGUCAUUAGCGGAUGCCCAAGUGAUCAGAAUGUCGCCACAGACAUUGGGAAUGCUACAGCUGUAGUAACUUGGACACCACCUACAGCAACAGAUAACUCUGGUAACCAGACACUGACAUCCACUAACAAUCCUGGAGAUGACUUCCCUAUUGGAAACAACACAGUAACUUACUCUGCAAAUGAUGAUGCAGGAAAUACAGAAACAUGCACCUUCUUUGUAGUUGUGUCUGAUAAUGAGAAUCCAGUCAUUAGUGGAUGCCCAAGUGAUCAGAAUGUCGCCACAUCCAUUGGGAAUGCAGCUGUAGUAACCUGGACACCACCUACAGCAACAGAUAACUCUGGUAACCAGACACUGACAUCCACUAACAAUCCUGGAGAUGACUUCACUAUUGGAAACAACACAGUAACCUACUCUGCAAGUGAUGAUGCAGGAAAUACAGAAUAUUGCACCUUCUUUGUAGUUGUGUCUGAUUGUAACUACACCAUCGAUGGAGCAUCCAUGGUCUCAGGAAACCUCUCAAGUCCUAACUACCCUAACUCAUCACCCAGUGGACUAUUCUGUCCUAUUACUUUCAUCAUACCCCAAGGGACUGUGCUGAACAUCAUGAUCGUUGAAUUCAACCUCGAUGCUAGCUGCUCGGAGUAUAUUAAGUUGACUGCUAAUGUAGCAGGAGAGACGAACUUCUGUAGCAACGAUAUAACUUUACCAGCAAGUGCGACCUACACAUCGGAUACUAUGGUGUCUUUCCUCUAUGUAACUGAUAAUGAUGACAGCAACACACCUUACUACUUUGCUGAAUGGCAGUUUAUCACAGUUUAGGCUCAGACCUGACUUUUACCAGGAUGUGGGUUGGCUGUGAACUUCUAACUAGAGGAGGAGAGACAACUUUUCUUAUGCUAUUUAUUGGAAAUAUAAUGCACAAACAAUAGUGGCUAAUACAUUCCCAGGAAAAUUUUGUAAAUUUGUAAUGAUAUAUUAUUUGAUGAAUAUUGUGCCCUCUGUGUACCUACAUGUAUGUGUAUUUUAUUGUAUUUGGCAUAUAUUACUUUUUAACUCUGUUUUACUACGGACAGGGUAUAAAGCAAAAAUAUGAUUAUUGGGAAUACCACAAAAAUAUGAAAAUCAUGAUCUAUGUUUGGAACUAUAGAUAUAUAUAUAUAUAUAAUCUCUGUAUUAAUUUGACUCUAUUUUUUUUCUCUAGACAUCUUCUUUAUAUACUAAAAGGAAAUAAUUUCUAGACAUAAAUUAACAGUUUUAAACCAUUGACAUUUUAAUAUGUAGUGCUAAAUGAUUUUAUUUCUCAUAUAAUUAAAAUGACUUGUAUGCUCUUAUGGCUCUAUCUUCUUCUUUCUCAUGUCUUUCAAAAUAAAUUAUAGGUGUUGGGUUUUUUAGCAUAGGAUUUAACCUCAUAGUCAUGUUCGCUUUAUAAUGAAAACAUUUACCAGUAUUAUGUAUUGUCCAAGUGUUCUUAACAGACUUAAAAAACAAGAAGCAUUUUUAAAUGUGAAAUAUAUCCUUAAAUUUAUGACAUGUGUAUUUUACUGUAUCACACAUAUCAUUAGUGCUACACAUUAUCACCUAACAUUUGAUUAUUGAAAUCACUUUUUAAAAAGUGAUGUCAGAGUACCAUUUAAUUGUGUGAUGAUUGCCAUGAUCUGCAUGAUUCUAUCAAUAAUUGAAUAUCUCUAAUCAUUCUUUGGUCAUCCAUUCAACCUGAUGACUUUAAUUUUGUGAUACAUGUAUGUGUAACUCAU